AUGUCCGAGGGAGCGUCAGGACGGGGACGGGGAGCACCCACACACUCUGCCGGGGCAGUGAGAGGUCCACAAGGAGAGGCUGUGUUGCUCUUAAAGGUCCAGUUGCAGCUGCGGCAGCAGCCGUCGGCGGGAAGGCCGGGUAGGACUAAGCAGCCGAGGGGGCGGGCUGUUGAGGCGCCAGUAGCCGUCUGCGCGCCGGCAGAGCAGGCACCGGUGCUGCCACAGCCGGUGCCGCUGCCGGGGCUACCGCCGCCCCCCUCUCUGCCGCUGUCGUCGCCCGGCCUUGAGGCACCGCCGACGUCGCUGUCGCUGCUGCCGCCGGACGAUCCACCGCCAAAUUACAAUGAGAUUUGUGGGUCGAGAAAACCUCACUCUGAAGGAGCAGAGAGGAUGGUGUCUGACAAAAUAUUUCCGUACAAUCAAGACUACCUGUGUAUCUGCAAAAGCUGCAAACUCAGCAACCCCGCAUCGACUCAAGGGACCUCAACUCAAGGGGCGCCCCGCCCAAUCAGCAACCCGCAUCAGCAUCAACUCCAGGAAAACCUUCCCCGUGUGUCAGCCAUUAUCUCUGCAGUCGGUGAUAAGAUGUCUUUUGCAAAUUUAAAACUGACGCCGUCGCAUCAGUUGGUCCUGCGGGCCUCUGAUGCGGCGGCAGCCUUCACCGCCGCCAUGGGGCCACGCGGGACCCAGGCUCCCGCCAGCGCCAAGAGGCCGGAGGAGAUGGAGAAGGAGGCCCGAGCCCGCGUCGUCUCCGAGGGUGGUGACCCUGGGAACCCCAUGCUGGUGCUGGGCUGCCACAGCAUCCAGCCUGGCAAGUACCGGGGUCAGACCUUCCGGUGGCUCCUGGAGAACGACGCGGGCUACGCCUGUCACCUGGUCGCCAGUCACCAGCGGGAGCGGGAGACGAGUGCCUUGGACAGCCCGUUCAUGGCCAACAAGGACAGCCUCGCCCGCUACUCCUGUGCCCACCCCGCUUUUGCGGAGCACCUCAAGUUCCGCCGGGCGCAGGAGGAGGCCCGGGCUCGCGCCACUCUGCCCGGGCGGGGGGGCGAGGCGCUUGUUGGCUUCGGGCUGUUCAAAGAGGACACCCUGAAGGACCUGUACGACUCCAAGGACAAGGAGCGUCAGACCUACGUCAAGUGGCUAGGACGGAAGACACCGCAGCCUGGGAGCUCCAUGGACGCCGCCAUUAAGUACUUCUUGGGCCGAGACAAGGAGCGGUCGGCGGAGGCGGCUGCUCCACCCCCUCCGCCCGGCAGCAGCAGCACCAGCAGCGGCCCCAUCACCACCACCAGCCAGGCCGCUGCUUCCACCGUGCUGCCGCCCCGCAAGCCGACCGCUCCCAAUUUCUCGGCCCUUGUGCGGGGGCGUCCGAUGGGCCCAGGGGAGCUGCAGGCCCGGAUCAGGAGACUGAUGACCCCACCAGCACGGCCUGCAGCUCCAGCGGUGUCUUCCGUCAGAGACCAGCGCCCCUCGGUUCCGCCGCCCCCCACCACAGAGGUGACGGACGAGGAGCUGGUCCGGAGGGUCACUGACGGAGAAAUGGCUGAUGCCUGAAGGAUAAAGGUAGGUUUAUCAGGUGAUGUAGCCGUCUUUGUAGGUGGUAGACGCGCCGUCCUCACUCACGUGGUGGUAAUGUGGAUUUGAUUAAACUCCCAGUCUAGCAAACCUCGCCUUGUAACUAACAGUCGCCUUGUAGCACACCUCUUAACGGUCGCCUUGUAGCACCCCUCUUAACGGUCGCCUUGUAGCACACCUCUUAACGGUCGCCUUGUAGCACACCUCUUAACAGUCGCCUUGUAGCACACCUCUUAACGGUCGCCUUGUAGCACACCUCUUAACGGUCGCCUUGUAGCACACCUCUUAACGGUCGCCUUGUAGCACACCUCUUAACAGUCACCUUGUAGCACACCUCUUAACAGUCGCCUUGUAGCACACCUCUUAACAGUCGCCUUGUAGCACACCUCUUAACGGUCACCUUGUAGCACACCUCUUAACGGUCACUAAACCAUUUUAUCUAAUCAACGGCAUGCUGCACGUCAUGAAUGCUCAGACUCACUUAGUCUCGCUUGCCUGUGUGUUGCCCCGUCACUCUCAUUGUGCUGAUGC